AAAAGAAAAUGACCAUUUGUUAGCAGCCGUUUGCGAACCAUCUGCACUGCUUUUAUGUGAUUGGAAUACUGUUGCAUACUUUUCUGUUAUUCCAAAUCUAAAGUUAUUGGUUAACCCAUGUUUGCAGUGAGUGCAUUUGCAUGUUUGGCUUUCCUCUCUCUUUUGGACAGCCUGCUGUUGGUGAUCGUUUCGUCUGCCAUUCACUGGUAUGUUUGAUAGUAAUGCUCUGUAUUAAGACAGCCACAACUCGAAAGGUGAUGCCCUUGAUGGUGCCAUGUGAAUGACUGACGACCAUGAAGCCAACUCACAAGCUGAUGUUCGUCCUGUGCCCCAUGCUGGUCCUGGGCUUUAUUUACUACUCCUCUGGGAAGCUACAUCUACACGUAUGGGGCCAGAAGCCUCAAAGUGAUGCAGAAGAGACAACUCUUGUCGUGAUUAAAGGGUCUGAAAGGAAAAGAAUCACAGAGUUGGCAACGAACAACCCCGUGGGAGGAAUAGUAGGCCCAGGUACAUCUGCAGCCCUACCAACCGAACCCUUGUAUGAUCAGCAGGGCUUUCUGCUGCAGCUGGACACAAAACUCCCCCCGGAGUUGGCGUACAAGUAUGGCAACAUCAGCGAAGGAGUGUGCAAGCCAGGAUACGCAGCAGCCAAGAUGACCGCCAUCUAUCCUAAGUUCAUGAAACCAGCUCCCAUGUUUCUUGACCGGAACUUUAAACGUCUAGCAAAAGUCAGCAACUACUUACCUCCCUUUGGAUUCAAAACGCAAGAGCGAGUCAUAGACAGCAUUUUGAGUGAAACAAAAAAGUAUGGACUUGGAGAGGCACUUGACAGUCUCAGCUGUAAAAGGUGCAUCAUUGUGGGCAACGGGGGAAUCCUGUUCAACAAGUCUCUGGGCUCCCGAAUAGACGACUACGAUGUCAUAGUGCGGUUGAAUGAAGCUCCAGUAAGAGGGUACGGCAAAGACGUGGGUACCAAAACCACCAUUAGGAUUACCUAUCCAGAGGGAGCAAUCCAGCAGCCCGACAAAUAUGAAAAAGAUUCACUAUUUGUCUUUUCUGCCUUCAAACCACUGGAUUUGAAGUGGCUCAGACAGAUGGUCUUGAAGGAGAAACUGAGGGGUACGGAGGGGUUUUGGAAGUCGGUGGCUCGUUACGUUCCUCGGGAUCCCACCGAGAUGAGAAUCCUCAAUCCCUACUUCAUCCAGGAGGCCGCCUUCCAGUUCAUAGGGCUGCCCUUCAACAAUGGCCUCAUGGGCAAAGGGAACAUUCCAACUUUGGGAACGGUUGCCAUAACAAUGGCACUGCACAACUGUGACGAGGUGGCGGUGGCUGGUUUCGGCUACGACAUGAAGAAGCCCCAUGCACCUCUGCACUACUACGAGUCGGUCAAGAUGUCCGCCAUCAAAGAGUCAUGGACACACAACAUAUCCAAGGAGAAGGAGUUCCUCCGCAAGCUGGUGAAGGCCAACAUCAUCACAGACCUGACCAACGGCAUCUGAGUUUACACACACGCACACAGACUCCCUCUGCCUUUCCCCAAAGGACCACAAAACAGGAAACGGGUCGACUCCGGGUGAAAGAACCCUUAGUAUCCGGGUGACCUGAACGCUGUCUGGGUUUUUCAUAUCAAAAAAGAUUAUUUAAAAAAAUAUACAGUCAUAGGAGGGUUUCUGUGGAGUGAUGCACACUUGUGCCUUCUGAACCAAACACUCCUGCCGAUUUGAAGCAGGGAGCGGAGAGCAUCAAGGCGUAGUAAAGAGUAAGAAAGUGCAGAGUAGAAGUCACUUGUUGACAUGCUGGCGUCAGUAUUCAGGCUAACUCGAUGAAGGCACAGAUGAAAAGGGUAUUAGCAGUGCCAAACGUACCUCGUACACGGGAGAGGCUGUCCCCGUCUUUUUGCUGCCUGAAUGUAUUCACUUUCUUCAGUGUAAAUAUCAGAUGUUUUCACUGUGCUUUUUGACAAGCUGCAGCAGCACCCCUCCCCUGUCCUACCAUUUGUCCUUUUAUUCAUUUGCCCUUUAACAGGCGAUAAAGCAGUAAGGGCCAGCUACACAGGCUGCUGUACCUUUGACACACAAAAAGUUUGAUAUAUAUAUAGAUUUUUUUUUGUUGCAGUCUUUUAAUCUACGGCCUUUGUCUGUAAGAAUAUGGUAAGAAUAGAGCAGGUUUUUUCGGCUUCACAGCAGUGUCCCCAACGUUCAGAUGAGCGCUUUCUAAGAGGCUCGACGCAUCAAAUGAGAACUUGUAUUUAUUAUUUUGGUAAGUUUAGUCGUAGGACUAUUUAUUUUAUUCCUAAGUUGGAGUUUGGAAACGCAAUAUCUUUCUGCCUCCUCUCUGCUCAUCCAUUUCACGGCCUUCAUCAGACAAACUGACAUCUGCCCAGAUCAAGGAGAGCAGAAUCUGUGCGUCAAUCCCUCCAAUCUCCUGUUGCUGCAGAUUUUCUUGUUCUUCAGUAAAUGGUGAAAUCUUGGAUGGUAGAAUAUAUAUGUAUAUAUCUAUAGAUAUAGAUAUAUAUAUAUAUAUGGUUUAAGGUACAUUUUAUUGUUACUAAGUCCCAACUUUCGGGUCACAGAUACGCAAACGUUGUGUUUGUUUUCCUCUUGAUUUCACCGCUGUGUGUGUCCUCUGAGUUUGCAUCCACCAGUAACUUUGAAGAUGAUGCUGUGUUCCCAAAACCAAAUGACACCGAUGAGUCAAUCAAUUCAGUAUUAAUCAUCAUUAGACUGCAGCACUACACUUGUGUGCUGAUGUAUUUCUUGAAAUGGAGACACUCGUUUUGGUAUUUCAACGCUGCACUAACAUAGAGAAGUUCAGUAUUAUUCAAUCAAAAGUUUUUGAUUGAAAGCCCUCAGAGAAAAAUGUAUGUAAACAAAUGAAUGCGAUAAUCAUCUUUAUAUAGUGACGGUGCAUUUUAAUACUGCUUUACCAUAGCAGGUCUUGUUUUGCAGUUUUUGUCAGAUGACAAUUCAAACAGGUUUUUACCCAUUUCAUGUUCCUACUUCUGAAAUGUAUAUUGUUCACUUCAAAUCCUCUCAACCAGUCAGUUGGAGCUGUGGCAUCAGUUUCAUUGGGCCACAUGUUCCUUCACCAACCAACAUUUCACCAACACCAAUUUGGUACCUUUGUUGGGGACAAGGGAAAGCCGACCAUUGCACCCUCGUGAGGCGCUCUCUGUGCCUUACAUCACUUGAAAACGGUAGCGAGGAGUUUAACGUGAGAAAGUAACGGCAGCUGAUGAUGAAUGUAGGCUCAGCUCCGGGUCAGAACAGCUCACAUCUCAUUGCUCUCAUGUGGGACCAACGCAUUUCAUAUCCGAGCUGUAUAUAUAUUAUAUACAGUUUAAGAAGACGUGAGGCCUCAUGUUGGUGGUUGUGUAUUUUAGCCCAUAAACUACAUAAUUAAGCAACUUUCCUUCUUUAUUUCAUGUUUUUCUUUGGCCAUGGUUGCCUCAUUUUUCUUUUCGUCACUAUUAUGUUUUUUUUCCCACGGUACGCAUGAUGAAAUGAAAGUUCACUUAACACGUCAUGAAUAGGACUGUGAAAACCCUUAAUUGUCUGACUGAUUUAAAGAAUUCCGUGUUUUUGGAGCUUGAGUGACACAAGGGACGAUAUGUUCUCUACAGUUACAAUUUUCAAUUUGAUUUCUUUUUUAAUCACACGGGUGAGUCCCUGUUGCCUUUGUGGAAGUGAAAUGCCAAAUCACUGGAUCCCCUCUUUAAUGCUUGAAUCCUUGAAUGCAAGGAGACUUCAAACUGGUCCCUGCUGACUGCCGGAGGGCCAUAUCACUAUAAUACAUCAUUAUCUAUAGCAAAAAGGGUUGAUUUGUAGUGUUCCAAAAUCAUUUUUCAAGCAUUGACUGCCUGGAAAUCAGUCCCCUAGUAUGUUUUAGAAAAUGGUCAUUCAUUUGGCAAAAUGUGUGUAGUCGGUGGGAUAAAACAUGCUAAACCACCAGUGUAGUCUUUAAAGCUAUGAGACUAAGCACACCCUCCGUUGGAGUGGGUUUUUCUGUUUAUUUUCUUUUUCUAGGUUAUGAAUUUGCAAGCAUGCUGGAGGAGUUCAAAGGGAUUGGACCCAAUUCGCCUGAUCUUCAUAACCUGCUCAUGUUAAAGCAGAAUGUAUUUGCUUUUGUCAUUCAUAUUUAUGAGCAUUUUUUUACUUUACAUUCCACCAUCAAAGGAAGUUAUUGUGACCAAAAGUGUAUAAUUUUUUUCUAUACUGUUAUGAAUGGCUUUCUGUAACUCAAUAAAUAGGUUUCUAAUGGAUAUUUGCCCGUGCAUGUUGUUUCCAUCUUUUGACGGAUUCUUUUUUGUAUUUGUCCAUUUUUCUAUGUACAUAUUUCUGUACACUGUGAAUUUUCAGUAUCUAUAGUAAAUAUUUUUGAUGUAA